GUGUAUAACACAACGCCACAUAGCACGACAGGAUACACUCCACACGAAUUGAUAUACGGGCACCGAGCGACUCUACCUACGGCCCUGACUCAACCGCCGCGACAGACGUACUCGUACGAUGACUACGCGCAAGAACUACGCGAGAGAAUGCGAGCUACGCAACAGACAGCGAAGGAACACUUAAUAGUCAAGAAAGAAAAAGCAAAAACGCAAUAUGACAGACGAACUAAAACUGUAGAGUUUAAAGUAGGGGAAAAGGUACUCCUACACGACGAAACCGUAAGGAGAGGACGCUCGAAAAAACUAGAUUCUCAAUGGAUAGGUCCGUACGUCAUUACGGAGAAGCACUCGGAAGUAAACUAUACAAAAAAAAGGGACGACGAAGCCUACGAGUGCACAUAA